AUGUUAGUGGAUAAAAACAAUUUGAAGUUGUGCAAUGUAAUUAAAGGUAUGGUGUUGACUUGGAUAAGAGAAAAUGUAGAUGCAGAGGUUGAGGAAUAUGUUGCAGAGUGGUUUACUAAAUCUGCAUUUCUUAGGGCCUAUGAGUACAACAUACAUCCUCUGAAUGAUAGUACCUUGUGGCCCCGCAUGCCUGAUGUUCACCUGAUACUACCUCCUAUUAGGAGGAGGUUACCUGGUAGGCCAUGUAUGAAAAGAAAAAGAGACCAAGCAGAAAAUGAACUCGGUGGAAAUACAAGGCAUACUCUAAGAAUGGCAGGUCCAAGUAAAGCAAGAAAGAAGAGUAAUGCAAGAAACUGUCCUUCACAAGUAGGUCCAAGCACUCCAGCUCCAUGUGCUCCAACACAUGUCAAUCAAGAUCCUGUGAAUCAAGAGCAUGUGAAUGAAGUUCCUAUGAAUGAAGUACCUAUCAACCCAGAUCCUGUGAAUCUAGUACCUGUUAACCUAGUGCCUAUGAAUCUUGGUGUUAGAGUGCCUAAGAGUCUUGGUUUUAGAGCAAGGAAGCUUCAGAGAGAAUCAACAAGAUACAAAUCAGGAAGCAUGUUUUUCAAAAGGAUGGAAAAGGAGUGA